AUCCUAACAGUAAGAAGUAACAUUAAAAUGGCGUGUAAGGCUGUACUUUUCUGUGCAUUUGCAGUUUUUGUUCAGCUGUCCUUGGCUGGACCCUAUUAUCUCCCAAAAUCAUCAAACUGCGGCUGCGGCUCUGGCAAAGUGAAUGUCAAAGAAAUCGAAAAAAUUGAAGAGAUAUCAUACAAACCGAUUGCUAUUGCACCUAAAAGCUAUUCAAGCAACUGCGUGUCCAUUGAGAUCCCUAACAAUGGAGGAGCUUUGGUUAUUUCUAGCAUCGGCCCCAUCGCGCCCUCUGGCAUCGCCGUCGCCACCGAGCUCGGUCUGGCGGGAGACCUGGAGCUGUCCGGCGAGCUGCCGUAUCUGAGCGCGGUGGAGUUCCAGGGCCAGUUCGCCACCAGCGGCGCCGUGCCGGUGGCGUAUGGCUGUGGCGAUUGCGUCGCCAUUACUGAACAAAUCGGAGGCAGUGUUGGCUCUGGCUCCUACAGUCUAUCCUCUCUUGGCAGAUGCGGAUGCAAAUAUUAAAAAUAAGUUUUAUUACGGAUAGAUUUUUUGAAUAAAUCCCUUAAUUAUA